AUGAGCGACGUUGAGAUCCUCCUCGUGUCCCUUAGCGAGGCAGCAAAGAAUGGGAAUGUGGACAAGCUGAAGGAGGUGUUGGCCGUGUGCUCGCAGGAGCUGGUGAACGACUCGUCUGCUUCUUCCUCCGGUUAUACGCCACUGCAUUACGCUGCAUGGAACGGCAUGGGGAAGAGCGUCGAGCUCCUGGCAGCCGCUAAGGCGGACGUGAACGCGGCAGACAAGUACGGCAGAACUCCAUUGCACCUCGCAGCUCGGAUGGGAAUGAUAGCAGUGAUAGGUGCGGAGAAGACUGAGGCAGACAACAUCAGCUGUACAGGAGGAAUCGACCAAGAAAUUCUCUCGGUUUUCAUCGCUGACAGAUCAAUAUUCUGAACUGGAAGUUCUCUAUCAAGACUGAACCCAAAUUGACACUCCUUCACACGUGGUGUGCUGCUGCAAAGGACUCUAGCAGGGAUUGCUGGGAUGGUUUGAUAUUGCUGUCGGUAACGAGGAGUUUUGACUUGUUCUUAUACAUCUGUGAGCUACGAACUGCAAAAAGACGAACUAACUUAUUCUUUGAUAAAUUCCAAUCUUUUCCC